CUACCGUCUUUCUGGGCAUAAAUCUUCUGUGGGUUGUUCUUUAAAUCUGUUUUUGGGUGGAAAUUUGAAGUGGGUUUUCCUUUUUUCCCCCUUCUUCAAGCAUGGACAGCGAGUAUGAUAAACUUAUCAGGAGGCUGAACCCACCCAGAGUUGUGAUUGAUAACAACGCUUGUAAGGACACUACAGUGAUCCAGGUUGACAGCAUGAACAAACAUGGGAUUCUCUUGAAAGUUGUUCAAGUCCUCAUGGAUAUGAACUUAAUCAUUACCAAAGCCUAUAUCUCCUCUGAUGGAGGCUGGUUCAUGGAUGUUUUUAAUGUUAUCACUCAUGAUGGAGACAAAAUCAGAGAUCAAGAAACCAUAAACGCCAUUCAAAUGAGGCUUGAAGUGGAUGCGAGUUUCGUGCCAUCAUUGAGAGAGUCGGUCGGGGUGAUGCCCUCGGAGGAUCAUACUUCAAUCGAGCUGUCUGGUACUGACAGGCCUGGUUUAUUGUCUGAAGUUUGUGCUGUUCUUGCGGACCUUCACUGCAAUGUUGUAAAUGCUGAUGUUUGGACACAUAAUAGUAGAGCUGCAGCUGUGGUACGUGUGACUGAUCACGAGACUGGCCGAGCAAUCGAAGACGCACAGCGGCUCUUAACAAUCAAGGAGUUACUAUGCAAUGUUCUAAGAGGGAGUGGCGAGUUAAAGGAAGCGAAAAUGACCCUUUCUCCUCCUGGGGUCACCAGCACAGACAGAAGGCUGCAUCAGAUCAUGCUGGCUGAUCGAGAUUACGAAAGGGCUGGCAAAGCCAGGCUUGGGGUUGAAGAUAAGAACUUGAGACCCCAUGUUACUGUCUUGGAUUGCGCCGAGAAGGAUUAUACUGUGAUUACUACAAGAUCUAGAGAUCGGCCGAAGCUGAUGUAUGAUGUUAUUUGCACUUUGACAGACAUGGAGUAUGUGGUCUAUCAUGGAAUGGUAAACACUGGGAGCAUGGAAGCUUAUCUGGAAUUUUAUAUCAGACAUAAGGACGGGCUGCCGAUUAGCUCCGAAGCCGAAAGAGACCGAGUAUUGCACUGUCUUGAAGCAGCCAUUGAAAGAAGGGAGUCUGAGGGGCUCAAGCUAGAACUGUAUGCAGAAGACAGAGUUGGGCUUCUAUCAGACAUCACAAGAAUAUUUAGGGAGAACAGCCUAUGCAUCAGGAGGGCAGAAAUCGUCACCAAACGUGGAAAAGCCAAAGAUGUUUUCUAUGUCACGGACAUGACGGGAACCACCAUCGACGUGAAGGCCAUUGAGUCCAUUCGCAAACAGAUCGGUGAUGCCAUGCUGCAGGUGAAACACAACUCAUGGCUCUCCGAAACGCCUCUGAAAGAGACGACGACAGGAUUCUUCUUGGGAAACUUGUUCAAAGCAAGAACUUUUCAGAAUUUCAAAUUGAUAAGAUCCUACUCUUGAAAGCAGCAGCUGCUCUGCCCAUUGUGUGUAUAUUCCUUCACAAGUAAAAAAGAAAAAGAUGCACAGAUACAUGACAAGUUCAAGGGACAGUGUAAAUAUAUAGGAAUCCUUCUCCUUUCACCCUUAUAAGUGAGGGUUUGCUACAAUGUUCUCAUAUCGUAGCCAAUAAACCCCAAAAAAACCAGCCACCUUGUACUGAAAGGCAAGUUGGUUGGGAUGUAUGUCUGUACAGACCAGUGUAGUGUGUGGUACAUUAGACGUUGUUCCUACAGAAUUGUAGAAGACUGUAAAGCUAUAAUUAUUGGGCUCAAUGGAAGUGGAUGCAGAAUAUGCUCUAAUUGUUGUA